GGGCGCACGGCGCUGCAGUAUUUACACUGAGUCGCUCGCUGUGUGACCGUGGGCUGCGGUAGUGCUCCGCUCUGAUCGGGAUGACCACAACCUCAGGCUGAAAAAGCGCGAGAGAGAGAGCACGUGGUGAGGCUCGUCCUGUAUAAAUCUCUCUGCCUCUCUGUCUGCGCUUGUGUGUGCGCGUGUGUGCUCCCCGGCCUUUAGGAGAUGCGCGUGAGUGCUAGCGCUCUUCAGCACGGACGAGCUGCGAGUGUCGAGUUUGGCUUUUCGGCUCGAGGCGAUGGAGAGCCGCGUUAACAGCCGCGCGCUGAACGGACACUGAGGCGUCUCGUUUGCUCCCGUUUUUUUGUUUGUUUCUUUUAGUUGUUAUUGUUUCUCGUCUUAGACGUGCGCGCGCUUCGACCGUGCAGCUUUUCUCCUUUCUGACCGGGACGCGUGAGCCUCCGCGGACGGCACCGUGCGCCUACCUGUGUGUGUGCGUGCGUGCGUGUGUGUUUAUGUAUGUGUGCGCGCGAUGACCGGCGGCGGCGCGUGAGUUUGGGUUCAUGGCCACGAGCGGGACGGUUCUAAGCGCGCGCUGCGUGGAAUGAGCUGUCGGUCUCCGGAGCGGAUCCCUGCAUCAUCAUCAUCAUCAUCAUCCUCGUUGUCACUGCGGUCUCGGCGCGCGGACUGGAUGUCCCGGUGCGAACUAAUCGCAGGGGAAGCCGUUGAACGUUUCAGACGCCUUUAAGCCCCCCAGAACCAGCCUCGAUAUAGCCCCCCAAACUCUGCUAGUGCGCAAUGCGUUUCUCCUCUCCGCUGAGCGCAGCGCGCGCGUCCCGCCUUCUCUAACGCGGCUUUCUGCGAGACUCUUGCGUGUGUGUUUUUAAAAAGUGUCCAGGCCGGUGCGCGUUGGGUACGGGGAACGGGGAAAGAGAGCAAGACAGGAAAGGCGCGUUUGGACCCCCACCCCGCCAUGAACGUGUACGUACUGACCCUGCUGCUCGCGCUGGAGCUGGCGCCCGCGGCGCGCGGCCUUUCGACAUGCAGCACGCUCGACAUGGAUCAGUUCAUGAAGAAGCGCAUCGAGGCCAUUCGCGGGCAGAUCCUCAGCAAGCUCAAGCUGACCAGCCCGCCCGAGGAGUACCCGGAGCCCGAGGACGUGUCCCGGGACAUCAUCGCCAUCUACAACAGCACGCGCGACCUGCUGCAGGAGAAGGCGAACGAGCGCGCGGCCACGUGCGAGCGCCAACGCAGCGAGGAGGAGUACUACGCCAAGGAGGUGCACAAAAUCGACAUGCACCCCUUCUACCCCGCAGAGAAUGUAAUCUCUUCAAACCACUACAACCCUUACUUCAGACGGCUCAGGUUUGACGUGAGCUCCAUGGAGAAGAAUGCCUCCAACCUGGUGAAGGCUGAGCUGAGGAUCUUCCGGCUACAGAACCCAAAGGCCCGUGUGCCUGAGCAGCGCAUUGAGCUAUAUCAGAUUCUGGGCCAUAAAGAUCUCGCAUCACCCACACAACGCUAUAUCGACAGCAAGGUGGUGCGUACUAAUGCAGAGGGAGAGUGGCUGUCCUUCGACGUUACUGAGGCAGUCAGUGAAUGGCUGCUACACAGAGACAGAAACAAUGGAUUCAAGAUCAGCUUGCACUGUCCCUGCUGCACGUUUGUGCCGUCAAAUAAUUACAUCAUCCCAAACAAGAGCGAAGAGUUGGAGGCCCGCUUUGCAGGGAUUGAUGAUAGCUUCAUCCACAGUGGAGAUCUGAAGAUUAAAAAGCGCCGUCACAGUGGCCAGUCUCCACACUUGCUGCUCAUGCUGCUUCCUUCCUAUCGCCUGGAGUCCCAACACAAGAGCCACAGACAGAAACGAGCCCUAGAUGCUGCUUUCUGCUCCAGGAACGUCCAGGACAACUGCUGCCUGCGCUCACUCUUUAUUGAUUUUAAGAGGGACCUUGGAUGGAAGUGGAUUCAUGAGCCAAAAGGCUACAAUGCUAACUUCUGUGCCGGAGCGUGUCCUUAUCUCUGGAGUGCAGACACUCAGCAUAGCAAGGUCCUUGGUCUAUAUAACACCAUAAAUCCAGAAGCAUCAGCCUCUCCGUGUUGUGUGUCCCAAGACUUGGAGCCUCUUACCAUCCUUUACUUCAUUGGCAAGACCCCCAAAAUUGAGCAGCUUUCCAACAUGAUCGUCAAGUCCUGCAAAUGCAGCUAGGAACUGGCUACAGCUGCACUCACACACGGACAGGCACACACACAUGCACACACAUACACACACAGAUUAUAAUUUAAAUACAAUCACAAGCCGGUAGAGAAAGUGCUGUGUAGACAGGGUAUCAUGGAAUGGAAAGUUGUUUCUAUAGUCAGCAAAUGCAUUCAAACUAAAUACCGACAUGCAUGCAGAGUCAUUGCCUUGCACUUGUGUGUACGUGUGAGUGUGUGAGUGUGUAUGUGUGGGAGUGUGUGUGCAUGUGUGCUGGGAAAAAUGGCCCUGUCAGCACGUCUCAUCUCACACACUUAUCACACCAGAACGCGAGUAUGGCAAACACUGGAAGCACAUGAUGUGUCUACAUGUGAAGUAGAAGAGAGAAUCCCUCAUUUCAGCAAGCAGUUACAGCAAACACUUCUUUUCUUUCUUUUCUUUACCUGUGCAUCCCUCAAAAACUGUAGUAAAGUUGAUUUUAUUGUUGUUUUAAAGCUGGAUUUGGUUCUUGGAGGUUGUCAAUGACUCCAGGACUGUUAGUGACCAUGUUCUUCCUGUCAAAGGGAUACAGAGAGACAAAAGGGGACCGAAAAUAGCUUAACUGAAUGGCUGGAGAUGAACAAGAGGAUAACAGGCUACUUCCACAAAGCAAGCAUGUCCAGGAUUGCGUAGCGUCACUGGCCAGGAGUUUAAAAUGCAGCAGGUGUGAAGAAUGCCUCGCGAUGUGUCCAGGGUUUGGGAUUAUCAUAGGAAAAAUAUGAUCAACAAAGUUGCUUGUUGAAGAGGUCUGAAAGUGGGGGAAGCGUAACCAUGGAGACACUGGGAGUGAUUGGUAAAUACGGUUAAAUGCAACAGUUGGCUCUGUAUAUGCAUUUCUAAUACAAAUCCGUUAUGAAUACACACCAUAGAACAUACUGUAUACACACCUGUCACAAUUUGAAAACACUGACAUCCACGUGCACAGACAUACACAUCCCUAAAGGGCAGUUUUAUUUUUAGGAAGGACACGAAGCACCAACAGCACAUUUUAAUGGUUUCCUUUAGGCCUCUUCUGGGAUUAUUUUGUGAAGGCAGUUGUACUUACCCCAUACCAACCAGGUACACUGAUGUCAACCUUCUACCAAGUGAUGAAACGCGAUCAUGUUUAGAGUGGUACAGAGAGCAGGGUCAUAGCAGGUGACGAGGUGUCAUAGAGAGGAGAGGGAAGGGUAUUGUGUCAGAGGAAGGGCAGGAGGACAGUAGAGGGAUUUUGGCUAAGUGAUCGGAGGCUUAUAGAGCAGACGUCUGGCACGAUGUCUGCGUCUUGCUGUAGUAACGGGAGUCAGUAAGAGACGAGCACAUCCAGCUGAGCCUGUUUCAACAUGUGACAUGAAUUGGCCCAAGAGGCCACUUGUUACAUAUGUACUGGAGUAGCCGUGGAACACAAAACCAUUGGGAAACUCUGCGCCAUGCUCAAAUCCAAGAGCAAAGCCCUUAUUUUAUUUGUGAUUUUGAUUCCUCUCUCUGAGGAACAGAGAUCCUUUGAUACAACGAAUUGCACUGACUGUAUUUUACUUCUAUCUCUUCAUUGUUUGUUUGUUUGUUUUUAUUUUGUAGUUAGUACUUCCCCCAUGUGACACAUGUUAAAAUGUUGUUACUGACAGGACAGGAUGUGGCUUCCUGAUUGAUAUUGCCCUUUCAUGCAGUUCUGGGCCAGGAAACCAGAAGAUAUUCAUAAGAUCAAUGUAGAACCACCAUUUCCACCAACAGCCCCAUGAUGCGCAAGUGACACUAUUCCCCUCAACUUUUAGGGCAGUAGUGCCAGUGGACUUCCUUAUGACAAUGGAAGUGGAAGGAGGCACCAGCAUUGUCACAUUAGAGCAGGGGUUCUCAAUCCCGUCCUCCAAAACUCCUGGCUAGUCCACCUUUUACUUUAAUUCCGAUUCCCAGUACUCUUGAGCCAGAUAUGGAAGGGCUGUCUAAUGCUAGCCUGGCUCAAAUAUGGAGACAUGUGGAAGAGAGCAUGGACUGGCUGGGGGUCCUCAAGGACCAGAUCAGUGACCUCUGUGUUUAUUGUUGUUGUUUAUGAUGAUGAUGUUGAUGUUGUUGACCCACUAUGAUGUAUUGUAACACAUUAUUGUUGUGGUGCUCUAGUGGUAAAUAAAUUAUUUAAGUUACAAGGGAA